GAGCGACUGUCCAACGUCGUAGGUGUGGACUGCUUGAAUGGAGCGUUCGGAGUAAGGCAAACCCUGCCACCGUCCGCGCGGACGGUACCUGCUCCCAGAGCGUGAGUGUGGGGUGUGGACCGUGCGCGUGCGCGCUGGGAGAGGGCGCGAGACGGGCGCGCCCCGCCGUUGCGGGCUCGCGGCUGCUGGGAUUGGCGGCAGCGGUGCCGCGCGCCCUAAGGGCCGGUAGUUGCGGGGCCUGCAGCCUCGCCCGGGGCUGCGGGCAGCUGUGGCGGCGGCCGGGGACCGCAAGGGGCGUAGGAAAGCAGGGGACGAAGGGGGCCGGCCUCGGCGCGCGGAGGAACAGCCGAGCAUGCCCCGCGACAACAUGGCCUCCCUGAUCCAACGGAUUGCCCGCCAGGCGUGCCUCACCUUCCGGGGCAGCGGGGGCGGCCGCAGCGCUUCCGACCGCGGCACGGCGCCAGGCCCCGAAGCGCCGAUGCCGCAGGGCUUCGCGGAGAAUCUAAACAAGCUAAAGAGCCUGCUGACCCAGGUCCGCGCCGAGGACCUGAACAUCGCCCCGCGAAAGGCUACGCUGCAGCCUCUGCCGCCCAACCUGCCGCCCGUCACCUACAUGCAUAUCUGCGAGACCGACGGUUUCAGUCUCGGCGUGUUCCUGCUCAAGGGCGGCACGUGCAUCCCUCUGCACGACCACCCGGGCAUGCACGGCAUGCUCAAGGUGCUCUAUGGCACCGUGCGCAUCAGCUGCAUCGACAAAUUGGAGGCGGGCGGCGGACAACGGCCGAGGGCUCCUCCGCCAGAAAAGCAGUUCGAUCCUCCGCUGCAGGCCAGGGAGCGGGAUGCCGUGCGGCCGGGCGUGCUGCGUUCGCGGGCAGAAUACACCGAGGCCAGCGGCCCCUGCGUCCUCACUCCGCACCGGGAUAACCUGCACCAAAUCGAUGCUGUAGACGGGCCAGCCGCCUUCCUGGACAUCCUGGCCCCGCCCUACGACCCCGACAACGGCCGGGACUGCCAUUAUUACCGGGUGCUGGAGCCCAUCAGGGCCAAGGAGGCCUCUGGCUCUGCCUGUGACCUGCCCCGAGAGGUGUGGCUCCUGGAGACCCCUCAGGCCGAUGACUUCUGGUGCGAGGGGGAACCCUAUCCAGGUCCCAAGGUCUUCCCUUGAAGCUGCCGGCGCCCGGGAGCUGUGGGCCGAAGACGUGACCUACUCAGAUCUGGGCCUGGCUGCUCGCGACCAGCCACAAGGGCUCCCUCCCUACUCCCAGCCCUGGGCGUUGGAUCUACUGGAAUGGGCUGUAGCGCUUCCUCUGGAGCCUUGGGAAGCUCUGGCGACUGGACUGCCGCCACCCGGCAUGGUUAUGGGGGUGGGGUAGGCGGGGAGGCUAGGUUGUUUCCUGGCUCUGUCACUAUCACCGGUGUUUUGAUUAGCGGGGCAGAGGGCCAGGGGACUAUCUGAAGCGCUUCCAUUCUAAAGCCAUAACGAGAAUACUCUUCCCUCUUUUCCCCAUCCUAUAAGAAAUACACUAAAUGAAUUUCUCCCUCCCAUCCCUUUGAGUAAAUAGGGUCUGUUCUCCACUCAUGUCCUUAUGCCCUUUUUCUCCUUAUUAUAGUUUUAAGUUAUUAACUGUGCAUGACCCAGUGGUUUGAAUUGUUUUUAGUUCAAGACAUUGGUAAAAAUUAGGUUUAAAGAGAUGAGCUACUGUUUAAAGUAAGCUGUCCUAUUUAAUUAAUUCGUUGUAAAAAAUUAAAUCAUUUUUCCGGGGUUGAUAGAUCACCCGCAAAACAGAACUAUGCAUAUAGAGGGCAAAAUUUACUUUCCUACCCUUGCCCACAUCUAGUUUACUCCAGCAGCAUCUACUAAGAAAUUCAGCACCUGCGUUAUCUCUGACAAAUGGUCACCUAAAGCUUAUCUUCCCUGUGAAUCUCUGUAUCUGUGAGUUGAACAGAUUUCUUGUUGAAGAUUCACCUUUAAUGCAAAAACUGUAUUAUCCUCGUGACUUUUUUUUUGUCUUAGUGUAAUUUAAGAGGUGAUAGGAUAAUUGUGGGUAAUUGUGUAUUUCCUAACCAGAAGAUUCAGAGGAGCUGAAUCUGUAUGCUUCCAAACAACUGAAUGUAAAAUACCCCUAGCCAGCUGUUGAAUUCCAUGCCCCUAUAUAAUUGCAGUAUUUUCCUGCAAAAGGAGAGAGAAGUGCUGAUGACUGUUUCAAAUUCUAUCAGGAGCUCUAAUGUUCCAGGGCACUGGUGGUUCCAGCUGUUUCCUGGUGGCAGUGUUCUAAGAACUCUCUCCCUACAGGAGAGAGCCAGUGCUUGCUUCAUCUAGUGUGGUUUUCAGUAGGAAGAGAGGGAAGGCACAGCUAUCAAGUCUAAGAGCUUGAGAAUUAAUUACAUUUUAGGGUACCAAAACUUAAGACAAAUUUGGUACCAUUUUAGGGUACCAAAACUUAAGACAAAACACUUCCCACUCCCAACCUCUCGAAAUGAACAGUUGUGCUAUCUGUGACUGAUUUUAUUUUUGCCCUUUUAAUAAGCUGAGCAACUUUACCUUGUUUACAAAUGUACUGACACCAUUUGCUUCUGGCCAUGGAGCACUGUUGUUUCCCCCUUUUUACUACUUACAGGAUUCCUUUUUUCACAAAACUUUUAACAAAACAAACUGUAGAAAUAAAAACAUUAAACUUUGCCUAGCUGUUGUCUAAGCCCUCUUGAUUGACUGGUCCAUGUGGCAGUCGAGUUCUAAUAUACGUAAUAAAGGGAGGUUUCCUCUUGGAAAGUGUUGACCUUGUAGGAAAACAGUAUGUGCCUUUGCCUCCUUAUGCACCCUGGGUUACAGAGACCCAAAGGGAAGGAAUGUUUUUUCCCAAGUUUAGAAUGAAAAAGCAAAUUCUUCAUGAAUGAUUUUUUUUUUAACACAAAAAUAUGCUUAUUCCACGUGACAUGCUACUAUGUUGUAAAACUUGAGGAAAGAAUAAUGCCUACCUACCAUUUCCUCCAGGAUUGCUCAAAGUAUUUUAUGGUAGCUUCACUUUCUGGUGUGAUUGAAUAUACCUUAGGGGCAAUUUGAAGCAUUUCUUCAUGCCAUUAAAUUUAAAACUAAAUUCUAGAUUUUAAAAAUGAUGAUUUUUCUUAGAAAUGUGUUCACAAAUGGCUUUUUUUCUUAGCACAAUAAUGAAUGUGGAUGGUUCUCAAUCACAUGCCUACCUGUUUUGAAAUAUAUUGUAGCAGAAAGUUGAUUAACUUAAAAAGAUUGUUUAUAGGCACGCAUGUUAUAGUACAACUUGGAGUACAUUAAGCUAACCUUCAAAAAUUCAUUCUGGCAAUAAGUAAUAGAAGAGAAAUUGUUUUUCCAAACUUUAUUAUGAAAAGUUCUCAAGUAUAAGCAAGUUGAAUGAAAAAAACUAAGGUGCUUUUCAAAAGAAUAACUGUAAUUGUUACAGGCCAAAACAGCAAUAUAAUCUCUCUCAUAUAGUUCAAUAAGAACUGUGAAACUUUUGGUUCACUAAUAAAUUCUGAGUAAUUAAUGGUGAAAAAAUGUAACUCAUAUAAUGAGCCACUAAGGAAAGAAUAUUCUUAUUACAAAGACAAAAUGGUGCAGAAAAACCUUGCAUCUCUGUGCAUAAACUGUCAAUCAUGACUGAUUUCAUGUGCUGCUAUUAUAUUUCCAUAUAUUCCUGCAAUGUACACUGUUUUAGUAACAACUGUGGGAAAAAGUCUUCCCUACAAAGACUAGUGAGCACAAUGAUACUAAUUGCUUAACUUUUCUGUUGAAUAACAAAUACAAUAAUGUCCUAGAAGUUGUCUAAGUACUUCUAAAGCUUUUUAAUUCUCUGGUUCUUAUCACUGGCCAGUUUCAUCAAUGGAGAGUAUGUGUACCUUCCUACUACUUUAUGAGAAUUGAGGGUUUACUAAGCCUGAUGUACAUGGGUUGCAUUUACACCAACUGUUGUUUGGUUCUUAUCAAUGGCCAGUUUCAUCAAUGGAGAGUAUGUGUACCUUCCUACUACUUUAUGAGAAUUGAGGGUUUACUAAGCCUGAUGUACAUGGGUUGCAUUUACACCAACUGUUGUUUAUUAACAAAGGUGGUGGGCCUGUUUUUAAAUUAGUGUUUGUCAACAGGAGUAAGCUCUCCCAAACACACCUUUUAUUCUUUUUGCAUUGUCCCCUUGUAGGAGCCUUAGUCUUGGCAUCUCAGGUGGACUGUGUCAUCACUUCGCUGUUAUAAAUGACUUUGAGUCUUUGUGCUGUAGCUCAGUUGCUCAAUGAAAAAGCAAUAUAUCUUUUUUUCAGGGCUCUGCCCACUACUAUUCAACUCUAACCUGAGGCAGUGCCACUCCUAUAACUCUGGUCUGAAUUCAGUACUCAAGGUUAUAAACAGAAGCGGACCACUGAUCACUUCAGCGCAGUCAUCUACUGUCAAAAGAAGGAAAUCAUUUGUUAAGCCCCACAUAGACACUGAAUCUUCAGAUCCAGGAAUGUUUACAUUUCUGGAACAAAACUGGUGUAUUUAUGGAAAAUAAAGGCAUGUUUGAAAAUGUUUAGAUGUAAAUCUUAUUUGAUUAUUGCUAAAUGAAGGAAAAUACUGCUAUGAUGCUACAAUUUAAUUAUAAUUAAAGGUUCAUGGUCUGUAAGAUUGUUAUACUAAAAUCUGGUGGUCUACAGUCCAAGUAAUAAUAAAAACUUAAAAUUAAUAGUUGAUUUCCAUAAGAAUGAGCUUUGAAAUGUCUGAAAAUACAUCUGAAACUAAUGUCUUACGAGACUGUUUUGCUACAACAGAAAAAAGCUCCUUAUAUAUUUAACAUAAAGAAAAUAAGCUAGUGAAAAUCUGAAAAUAAGCUACCAAGGAAAGAAUCUUUGGACUUAAGUAUUUUCUUGUCUUUCCUUUUUCUGUAAAAUUUGUUUCAUUUUAGUUUAGGCUGGCAGCAUUUUAGGUGCUUGUGAUGAUUCUGAGUGUUCUUUUCCCUAAGAAAAAAGAAUUGUAUUGGACAGUUAUAAUAUCACUACAGCCAUUUUUAAUACAUACCAAACAAUUUGCCUUCAUUUCAUUAGCAGGAUGUUGAAAUUCAAUAGCCUGGUUUACAAAUAAUUGAAAACCUUAUUUAGGUUUAAUAGGCCUAUUUUUAAUGUGCACAGAACCAUCUCAGAUGCAUUUUGACCUCUAAGGAAUUAUUCUCCAGGAGUUUAUUUGUAAUCUCAGUAACAGCUGAAACUAUUAUUCAAUAAAGCAUAUUGAAUAUAAGUAGA